GGGGGGCUCACGGCGGUCGACACGGUCUUAAGCGUCCACAUGAACCCAGAUAAGAUCAAGACCCUGAUCGAGGCCCCCCUAGAGGAGCUCCCAGCGUACGGCCCCAGAGGUUUGUCCUUGCCCACGAUCGAGGAUAUCGAGUGUGCGACAGAAGACCUAGACUUCCUGAAGGCAAGGCCGAGCAACUCACGCGAGGGUAUAGGCUCCGCAUGGCGAGCCCGCGACCCAGACCUGUUGGACUUCAAG